GUCCGGCUGCUGUUCCGCGGAGCGUCUUUCCUAUCUGUGUAGGUGAGGCUGGUCGGAUGUCUUUGGGGUUGUUUUUUUUUAUCUGUUGUUGUGAGCUUGUGACGGAGUCCUUAGAUCGAUUGCUCAGACACCAGGACUGACGAAGAGACUGAGCAGCUUCUUUUCUCAAAAUAUUUCUUCCACACAUGAAGGUGGAAAGGGUGUGAAGUGAGCUCAGCAGGUGUGGCUUCUGCUAUGGAUCAGUGUGAGCACAGAGAGGAGGGAGUCCCUCCCUCUAAAUCCACUCUGUGUGGGGAACAUGACAGCAAGACCAAAGCUCAGAGAAUCAAUAAGGAGACACCGUUGUCUACUUCACUGAGCUGUGUGUCAAUGAAGAGUGACCGAUCUAUGAUUCAACCAAUAACCUUUUCAAACAGAGAGCGGUCUUUUGAUACAGGUGUUUUGCAGAGCUCAGAGACUCUCAGUGGUCAGUCUGAUCUGGACUCCAUAUUUAUGACGCUGGAGGACAACAUGUUCAGUUUUUUAAAGAAUGAGCUGAAGAAGAUGAGGAAGGUCGUGCUUUCAGACUAUCCAGAAUGGUUAGAGUGUCAGAGGGAGGAUGAGGAGGUGCUGAAGGCUGAGGAUGAAGAACAGAGGAGGAGCAGUAGAGAGUCAUUUUUGAAGAUCACGCUGCAAUUCCUUAGGAAAAUGAAGCAGGAGAAGCUGGCUGAGUGUCUGCAGAGCAGAACUCGUGCUGCAAAGUUCCAAAAAAACCUGAAGUCUAAUCUGAAAAAGAAGUUCAAGUGUGUGUUUGAGGGGAUUGCUAAAGCUGGAAGCUCAACCCUUCUGAAUCAGAUCUACACAGAGCUCUACAUCACAGAGGGAGGGACUGCAGGGGUCAAUGAUGAACAUGAGAUCAGACAGAUUGAAACCGUAUCCAGGAAAUUGAACAGACCAGAAACUGCAAUCAGACAAGAAGACAUCUUUAAAGCCUCACCUGUUAAAGACAAGCCAAUCAGAACAGUGCUGACAAAGGGAGUGGCUGGCAUUGGGAAAACAGUCCUAACACAGAAGUUCACUCUGGACUGGGCUGAAGACAAAGCCAACCAGGACAUCCAGUUCAUGUUUCCAUUCACUUUCAGAGAGCUGAAUGUGCUGAAAGAGAAAAAGUUCAGCUUGGUGGAACUUGUUCAUUACUUCUUUACUGAAACCAAAGAAGCAGGAAUCUGGAGCUUUGAAGACUUCCAGGUUGUGUUCAUCUUUGAUGGUCUGGAUGAGUGUCGACUUCCUCUGGACUUCCACAAAACUAAAAUCAUCACUGACCCUAGAAAGUCCACCUCAGUGGAUGUGCUACUGACAAAUCUCAUCAGGGGAAAGCUGCUUCCUUCUGCUCGCCUCUGGAUAACCACAAGACCUGCAGCAGCCAAUCAGAUUCUUUCCCAGUGUGUUCACAGGGUGACAGAGGUAAGAGGGUUCACUGACCCACAGAAGGAGGAGUACUUCAGAAAGAGAUUCAAAGAAAAGGAGCAGACCAACAGGAUUAUCUCCCACAUCAAGAAAUCACGAAGCCUCCACAUCAUGUGCCACAUCCCAGUCUUCUGCUGGAUCACUGCUACAGUUCUGGAAGAUGUGCUGAAAACUAGAGAGGGGGGACAGCUGCCCAAGACCCUGACUGAGAUGUACAUUCACUUCCUGGUGGUUCAGGCCAAAAUGAAGAAGGUCAAGUAUGAUGAGGGAACUGAAACCGAUCAGCACUGGAGUCCAGAGAGCAGGAAGAUGAUCGAGUGUCUGGGAAAACUGGCUUUUGAUCAGCUGCAGAAAGGAAACCUGAUCUUCUAUGAAUCAGACCUGACAGAUUUUGAAGUAAUUAUCAAGGAUGCCUCAGUGUACUCAGGAGUGUUCACACAGAUCUUUAAAGAGGAGAGAGGACUGUACCAGAACAAGGUGUUCUGCUUCAUCCAUCUGAGUAUUCAGGAGUUUAUGGCUGCUCUUCAUGUCCAUCUGACCUUCAUCAACUCUGAAGUCAACCUGCUGGAGAAACGGCAAAAAAAAGAUCAGUAUUCUUUAAAACAUCUCCACCAGAGUGCCGUGGACAAGGCCUUAGAGAGUUCAAAUGGUCAUCUGGACUUGUUCCUCCGCUUCCUCCUUGGGCUUUCACUGCAGUCUAAUCAGACUCUCCUAAAAGGUCUACUGACACAGACAGGAAGUAGUUCAAAUACUGAUGUGGAAACAGUCCAGUACAUCAAGAAGAAGAUCAGUGAUAAUCAGUCUGCAGAGAAAAGCAUCAAUCUGUUUCACUGUCUGAAUGAACUGAAUGAUCGUUCUCUAGUGGAGGAGAUCCAACAGUCUCUGACUUCGGGAAGUCUCUCUACAGAUAAACUGUCUCCUGCUCAGUGGUCAGCUCUGGUCUUCAUCUUAUUGUCAUCAAAGGAAGAUCUUGAUUCAUUUGAACUGAAGAAAUACUCUGCUUCUGAGGAUGCUCUUCUGAGGCUUCUGCCAGUGGUCAAAGCCUCCAAGAAAGCUCUGCUGAGCUGUUGUAACUUGUCGUGGAGAAGCUGCAAAGCUCUUUCAUCAGUUCUCAGCUCCGAGUCUUCUAGUUUGAGAGAGCUGGACCUGAGUAACAAUGACCUGCAAGAUUCUGGCGUGAAGCUGCUGUCUGGUGGACUAAAAAGUGUACACUGUAAACUUGAAACUCUAAGUCUCUCGGGUUGUCUGAUCACAAAAGAUGGAGGUGAAUCUUUGGUCUUGGCUUUGAGGUCUAACCCCUCCCAUCUGAGAAAUCUUGAUUUGAGCUACAAUCAUCCAGGAGACUCUCAUGUGGAGGAGCUUUCUAAGGGAGUGAAGAAUACUCAGUGGAGACUGGACAAUCUAAGAGUGGACCAUUGUGGAGAGCAGUGGCUAAAACCUGGACUACUGAAGUAUUCAUGUGAACUCACAGUGGACACCAACACAGUGAACAGAAACCUCAGACUAUCUGACAGCAACAGGAAGGUGACACGUGUGAAACAGGACCAUCCAUAUCCUGAUCAUCCAGACAGAUUUGACUGCUGGCCUCAGCUGCUGUGUAGAAAUGGUCUGACUGGCCGCUGUUACUGGGAGUUGGAGUGGGAAGGAGAAGUUUAUAUAGCAGUGAGUUACAGAAGAAUCCAAAGGAAAAAAAAGAGUGAUGAGUGUUGGUUUGGAGGAAAUGAUCAGUCCUGGAGUCUGAGCUGCUCUGAUGGUGGUUACUCGGUGUGGCACAAUAACAGAGAAACAUUCAUCUCCUCCCACUCCUCUUCAUCCUCGGUCUCUGACAGAGUAGCAGUGUAUGUGGACUGUCCUGCUGGCACUCUGUCCUUCUACAGAGUCUCCUCUGACACUCUGAUCCACCUCCACACCUUUAACAUCACAUUGACUGAAUCUCUGUAUGUUGGGUUUGGAUUUGGGUUCUGGUCAUCUGAAUCUUUACUUUCUCUGUGUUCUUAGUGUACCUUUAAUCUCAUCACUGAGACAGGACACACACCACUUGUAGGUUUUUUACUGUCCAUGUUUACAAGGGGACAUCUUUUCAGAAAUGUAACCAAGUGGAUUUAGAGCCUAAAGCUGACCAGCGAGUGAAGUAAAAGUGGUGAAAAGUGAAACAUGUUAGAAAGAGAAGAUGGCCUUAACAGGGUGUGAACUUGUAAAGUAAAAACAUGAUGCAUUUAAGGUUAUCCUAUUUGGUUUUUAUUUAAGAAGAGAAUUUGUUCCACUGUGCGAUGGCCGAGUCUCUUUGUUUGCUUGGAGAUAAUUUCUCCUGCUUAGAGAAAAUCCUCUCACACGAAACAGAAAAGGUUGCAUUGCAUAGAAACUGCAAUGCAAGUUGGUGGGGAUGCAGGUAUAUGAUCUUCCUGGGUCCCACAAACUAUCACCGAAAAAGAGUAAACAAAGUAAAUUGCUGCACAUUUUGUAGAAUAACAUUUUAAGAUUAUUUUAACAAUGAAAUUCUUUAAUGAUAUGUAUAUUAUGAAAAGCAGAUGUUUUGUUAAGACAUUUUAAGUUUUUCAAAUUUCAGAUAAAAUAAAUACACCCAAAACAAAGGCAAGCAACAAGAACAGAAAGCUGGCAAACCCACCUGAUUGACCAAAAUCAACUCAAAUUACUCCCACAUGACAGAACCUCCUCUCUUCCUCGCUGGCUCCAUUUCACUCAUUAGAAUGAUCAGUGGUUUGCUAUUUCUCACCAUCAAAACACUCCACAAGUCCUGCGAAUGACUAAUCACUUUCCUAUAAACCACUGACUCAGAUACUGAAGCAGUUAAAUGAAGCUUCAGACGUCAUUGAUCAUGUGACUCUGGCCAAAAGAAUCAAGUCUCGACACAGUGCUUCUGAAGCAGUGUGUUGGUUUCUUUUGACACACCUGCCAGAGUGUCGGCUUCAAGCGGGCCAUCACUGCUGUGAACUGUAGCGCCCAGGCUGAUAAACCAGAGAUUAGGCAACAAAGGGACCUUUGUUUUGUUUUCUGGAGCAAUUAUGUGUUAAUUACACCCACACAGGCUCAACCCAUCUUCUGGAAUGAUGAUUGCAGUCUUGAAGCUGAUCAUCGUGCACACCCACAUGGAUUCAUCUUCUUUGAUCCACUGAAUCAAAGUGGAGGCUCUGCUCUUUAUGAUGAGUCACGGUAUCUGACCUACUAUAACUACUUUGGCUCUUUUCAUUACCCACAAGGUCAUUUAACUCAGGGUGAACAUACUCAGAGCUCACAGAGCUAACUCUGAUCAGAGGGGCGUACAUCGAUUUUGGUGAUGUAGAAAAUGCACUAAUGUUUUUAUUAGUGCUGUCAGCGUUAAUCAACGCGCUAACGUGUUGACGCCGGUCAGCCCCAUGAAUGGGACGAUCCGCGGUAACUUGUUAACAGAGAUUUGCCACAUUAAUGCAGUUAUGGCGUUAACGUCGUUAACAAGAUUAAUGCUGUUUUUAUGCUUGAUUACGCUAGUUUUUAUGCUUGCCUCUAACACCACUAAGUCUGUUUUACACAGAUGGAUUCAUUGGGAACUGAAUAGAUAAGAAAAUUGAUCAUGGUCAAUUUCCUGUGGGUAUACAGUGACUAACCAAUUUUAAAUACAUCAAGUUUAUUAUUUCAGAACUCUAAUGUUGCUGUAAUGUUAGAAAUAAACAGCACCACCGA